AUGUGGAACAGACAUUUUGUCUUCUAUCUCCUGCUUUUGCCAGCUUUUAUGAGUCAAACAAUACAUGGACAAAGAAAGAAAGGAUCAAAGUCCAAUUUACUUGCAAGGAAAAAUGAUCUCCAGGACUCUACUUGCUUCAUAGAUGUUGUCUUCAUUGUGGACAGCUCUGAAAGUUCUAAAAUUAUUCUCUUUGAUAAACAGAAAGAUUUUGUGGAUAGCUUGAGUGACGAGGUUUUCCAGUUGACCCCAGUUCGCUCCUUGAAAUAUGACAUCAAACUGGCAGCGCUUCAGUUUAGCAGCUCUGUCCAAAUCGAUCCACCUUUUUCUUCUUGGAAGGAUCUGCAGACGUUUAAACAGAGGGUCAAGUCUAUGAAUUUCAUCGGGCAAGGCACCUUCUCUUAUUAUGCUGUCUCCAAUGCCACUGGGCUACUUAAGAGAGAAGGCCGUAAAGAUGGUGUGAAGGUGGCUUUGCUGAUGACUGAUGGCAUUGACCAUCCAAAGAAUCCAGAUGUUCAGAGUAUUUCGGAAGAUGCCAGAACUGCAGGGAUAUUAUUUAUCACCAUUGGACUUUCCACUGUAGUCAAUGAAGCCAAACUUCGUUUGAUAUCUGGGGAUUCAUCCAGUGAACCCAUUCUACUGUUAAGUGAUCCAACCCUUGUAGAUAAAAUUCGAGAUCGCCUGGAUAUCUUAUUUGAAGAGAAGUGCGAACACAAGAUUUGUGAAUGUGAGAAGGGGGAUCCAGGCGACCCAGGGCCUCCUGGUACACAUGGAAACCCAGGUAUCAAAGGUGAGCGAGGACCAAAAGGAAACCCGGGUGAUGCUCAAAAAGGGGAACCUGGAGAAAGAGGCCCAGGGGGAAUUCCUGGGUACAAGGGUGAGAAGGGGGAAAGUGGAGAAUGUGGCAAACCAGGAAUAAAAGGUGACAAAGGGUCUUUAGGACCACAUGGACCAAAGGGGCCCAGAGGACUUCAGGGCAUAAGUGGACCUCCAGGGGAUCCAGGCCCGAAGGGAUAUCAAGGCAAUAAGGGUGAACCAGGUCCCCCUGGUCCUUAUGGUCCUCCAGGAGCCCCUGGUAUUGGACAGCAAGGAAUUAAGGGGGAAAGAGGUCAGGAAGGAAGAACAGGGGCGCCAGGACCGAUUGGCAUUGGGGAGCCAGGCCAGCCAGGUCCCCGUGGUCCUGAGGGAGCACCAGGAGAGAGGGGCUUACCAGGAGAAGGAUUUCCAGGGCCAAAGGGUGAAAAAGGCUCUGAAGGACCAAUUGGCCCACAAGGAUUACAAGGCCUGUCAAUCAAAGGGGACAAGGGGGAUUUGGGACCUGUGGGACCCCAGGGACUAGUGGGCAUCCCCGGAAUUGGGAGUCAAGGAGAACAGGGAAUCCAAGGUCCUAUGGGUCCACCUGGUCCACAAGGGCCUCCAGGACAAGGCUUGCCUGGUGCCAAGGGAGAAGUAGGCCAGACAGGAGCUACGGGUCCUAGAGGACCAGUGGGAGUUGGAGUACAAGGCCCAAAGGGGGAGCCAGGCUCAAUAGGGCUCCCAGGACAACCCGGAUUUCCAGGAGAGGAUGGAGCUGCAGGGAAGAAGGGAGAAGCAGGCCUUCCAGGAACAAGGGGCCCAGAAGGACCACCUGGAAAAGGACACCCUGGCCCCAAGGGUGAUGAAGGAAGGAAAGGGAGCAAAGGAAAUCAAGGACAGAGGGGAUUUCCAGGGCCCGAAGGGCCAAAGGGUGAACCAGGAAUUAUGGGCCCUUUUGGGAUGCCUGGAGCAUCACUUCCUGGACCACCUGGGCCAAAGGGAGAUAGAGGAGGACCCGGGCUGCCUGGAUUUAAAGGAGAACCUGGAAUUGCUGUUCGAGGACCAAAGGGGGCCCAAGGACCUCGUGGACCAGUGGGUGCUCCAGGACUCAAAGGGGAUGGCUAUCCUGGUGUGGCUGGACCUCGGGGACUACCAGGGCCCCCUGGGCCAAUGGGCUUACGUGGAGUGGGGGACACUGGCGCAAAGGGAGAGCCUGGUGUCAGAGGCCCCCCAGGCCCCUCUGGGCCUCGGGGCAUAGGAACCCAAGGGCCAAAGGGAGAUAUUGGGCAGAAAGGCUUGCCUGGCCCUCCUGGUGCCCCUGGCUAUGGAUUACAAGGAAUUAAAGGGGAGCAAGGACCCCAAGGCUUUCCAGGGCCAAAGGGCAUGACAGGCCGUGGCCUCCCUGGCCAGAAGGGAGAGCAUGGAGAACAGGGCACCAUGGGAAAGAAAGGCGAUAAAGGGGAAAUUGGAGAGCCCGGAUCCCCAGGAAGACAGGGGUUACAAGGACCAAAGGGAGACAUAGGACUUACAAGAGAAGAAAUUAUCAAAAUUAUUUUUGAAAUAUGUGGGUGUGGGCCCAAAUGCAAAGAGACUCCUCUAGAACUGCUGUUUGUGAUUGACAGCUCCGAAAGCGUAGGGCCAGAGAACUUUGAGAUCAUCAAAAGUCUUGUGAAGACUCUGUCCGACCAGGUUGCUCUGGACCUCACUACAGCCCGCAUAGGCAUCAUCAACUACAGCCAUAAGGUGGAGAAAGUUGCUCAUCUGACUCAGUUCUCCAACAAGGACGACUUCAAGUUGGCUGUGGACAACAUGCAGUAUCUGGGGGAAGGCACCUACACAGCCUCAGCUCUCCAUGAGGCCAACCACAUGUUUGAAGCCGCAAGGCCAGGUGUAAAGAAGGUGGCCUUGGUCAUCACUGAUGGGCAGACUGAUACCCGAGAUGCAAAGAAUCUGACGGAAGUGGUGAAGAAAGCCAGUGACAUCAAUGUGGAAAUAUUUGUGAUUGGGGUAGUGAAGAAAAAUGACCCCAACUUCGAAAUGUUCCACAAAGAAAUGAAUCUCAUUGCUACUGACCCAGAUAGUGAGCACGUUUAUCAGUUUGAUGACUUCAUUACCCUGCAAGACACCCUGAAGCAAAAAUUGUUUAAAAAAACAUGUGAGGAUUUUGAUUCCUACCUCAUUCAAAUUUUGGGUUCACCGCCACUUCAACCUGGAUUUGGGAUAUCAGGGGAAGAACUUGGUGAAUCCACGCCAGAGCCUCAGAAAGAGAUUUCGGAGUCUGUCAGUGUCACUGGAGCCCAGGACAAAGAGAAUGAGCCUCCAGAGCCUAGCUGGGCUGACCACCUGACCACCAGUCCUUCACCUGAGGCUGCUACCACGGAGGGGCCAUUGCUUGGCCACCCUGAGGAUGGGGCAGAGGAUCCUAGAUGCUUGGAAGCCCUAAAGCCAGGAAACUGUGGCGAAUACGUGGUUCGAUGGUAUUAUGACAAACAGGUCAACUCCUGUGCCCGCUUUUGGUUCAGCGGCUGUAAUGGCUCAGGAAAUAGAUUCAACAGUGAACACGAAUGUCAAGAAAUCUGCGUUCAAGGAUGAGCCUAUGACCCUCAUUCAAGUUUGGCAGCAUAAAACAGGGCACUCGAGGAAGAGGGAGCUGGAGCAACAACCAUCUGAACAAAAACAAUUUUGUAUGGUUUAAUUAAAAUUUUGUUAGGCAAUAUUUGGUACCACAAAAGAAUAUAUGCAAUAUACCUGUAAGCUACCAGAAAUGAUGAUAAGAUAAACACAAGUGAACAUAUCAUACUGACAAUUCACCAAACACAAUCAAUUCUGUUGAAGUUUCCUGUGUGGACUUCUCCAAUCCCAGCCCCCUGUUUCCUGCCAGGGAUAACCCAUCUUGAAUUUUGUGUUUACCAUUUUACUUUGCUAUUGGGUUUUUAUAUGUAAUUUUACAUGUAAAAUCACAUAUAUAUCUAUGUAGCUUUACACAAUACAUAGCCUUGCUUAUUUUCGAGCUUUAUAAAAAUGGAGUCCUAUUUUCAUCUUCUGCAACUUGCUAUUAUCAAUGUUAUAAUUAAUCCGUA